AUGGUGUUUGCUAAGCAAAUAUCAGUGAAGCUCUGUUGCUUGCUCCUCCAUUAUGAACAAGGAGCCUAUGACCAUGCAUUUAUAAGAGCAGGCAAAAGGUAUUUGAAUGUCAGACAAGUAUUCCUUCGCAAACUCAUAACUAAAAAUGGUGGUGAACAACUUUACUACGGCCAAUUAGAUGCAGGACUAUGUUGCAGGCAUAGUCGUCCAGUGGUGGCAUUGGAGAAGGAUAAAGAGAGACAGGAAGAUCUCUUAACAGAGCUUUGCGAGGAAGACUGGCCUGCUUUGUCUCCACAAGAAAAAGGGGGUCAUUCAAGUCCUCCCAAUGCCAGAUCUCAACGAGAAGGUCCGCACAAAAAUAAUGAAGAUAGCACUACUAAAAUAUACCAUUCUGAAACUAAAGACAUAAACAAUGCCCUAAGAAGUGAAACAACUGAAAAUCCUGCAAAACUAAGCAAAAUUUCCAGCACAAAACGAGUAUUCCAUUUGACAAACCAUUGAAUAAAAAGAUCUGAUUUUUUUUUCCCAGCAGGGUUUAAAGUCUGUCCUCAGCAAUCCAUGAAACAAAUUUUCAGUAUUCAGCCUUAUAAGAGAUUGAGAGUGUGUCAGGAGGCAGUGUGGGAAGCCUAUCAGAUCUUUCUGGAUCGUAUCCCUAACACAGGUGAAUACCGGGACUGGAUCAGCAUCUGCCAGCAGGGAACUUUCUACCUCUUUGACGUGAGGAAAAACUUCAGCAACUCCCAGGAGCACCUGGAACUUCUUCAGCAGGAAAAAGAAAUAGAAUUCAUUGACGUUCUUGAGGGCCAAACAGAGAAGGUGGAGUUGAGUAUUUCUCUGGCAAAACAGAAGUUCAGGGCAAAAUUUACUGACUGCCAGUCCCUUUGUUACCAAAAGUUACCAGAAAAAUCAACUCAUGAACCUUUCCGUAUUCACCUCUGUCUAAAUGCCCUUCCUAAGACAAAUCGUUAUGGAAGGUUCCCUAGUGCCUCUUCUCUGAUGCAAAAAGUAUUCAAAACACUUUCGGGAUUCAAAGAAAUCUGUGUGUUAGGAUUUAGGAAAGAGCAUGAAGACAUGUGGCUCACUGCAAGUGACCUCCUGUCUUUUGGUUCUAAAAAAAAAAUUGAAAGUGAAGGAGUCCCUUGUGAAAUAAUAGAGGAGAAGAACCAGCAAUCAGAAAUCUUUGUCACAGCUUUAUACUUCCAAAAGAUUAGCAGAGCACUAGAGGAAGACUAAUCCUUGGAUGUGGGGUCUAUUCAUUUAACUGAGUUGAUACCCUGGGGGCCCAAAAACACAACAGAAAUACCAUCUGCAGCCCUGGUCUCCACAGGCUUAACCUCCUUUCCAGAAAUUCAACUUUUUAGUUCAAACAUCCUCCCCUUGACUGAUCAAAGUGACACAGAUAUAAUGUCCAUUAACCAGACAGGACUAACCACAAUGAUGUGGAACCUGAAGCCCCUUGGCCUGGGGUCUGCUUUUGAAGUGAUUAAACGACACUUUGGAAAGGGUUCUUGGGAAACCAUUUCUUCUUUUCCCUCUCAAGUCAGGUCAGGACUCUGGGAAGGCAACAGAGCAACUAAGUGGUUGUGUGAUGAUCACAGAGCUGUGAGUCCUUAUCGACAAUCCAAUCGUAUAGGAUUGAAGCAACUUGAAAUACUGGGCUUCAGAAAUUGGAGUGUGAUCGUGAACAGCAAAAUGAGAUUUGAUAAGUUGGUGCCAUAUAACCUCACCCAGGCUGUGCGUGUGUAG